AUGCGCGGCAAAAAGAGGGCAUUGUCGCCGCCGGCCGCCGCCGUCGAUGCCACGGCAAGGCUCCAGGACCGGCACCUCGCCGAGAUCCUCCUGCGGCUCCCCUCCCCCGCUAGCCUCGCGCGCGCCGCCGUCGUCUGCCGGCGUUGGCGCCGAAUCUCCGUCUCCGCGGCUUUCCUUCGCCAGUUCCGCCGCCUCCACCCGCCCCAACUCGUCGGCUUCUUUAUCUGCAACGGCGGUUUCCAUGUGGAGAGGGUCGGCGGCCGCCUCGUCGGCCACAUACUCGACCCCACCUUCCUCCCGGUGCUCCCGCCGCCUCAGGGCGUCGGAAGGGCCACCCAGCGCUGCAUCGACUUCUCCCUCCGUCGCGUCCCCGACGUGGACCACUGGACCCUCGCUGACGCCCGCGACGGCCUUCUCCUCCUCAGCUCCACCUUCAACGAUCGCAUGAGCAUCCCGCGCAACUUCGUCGUCUGUGAUCCCUUGUCCCGCCGCUCUUUCCUCGUGGAGCACGCGCCGACGUAUCAGCUCGACGGCGAAAGCGCCUACCUCGGCGCCGCUCUGAUCGUCGUGGACGGCGGAGCCAGCUCAAGUACCCUCUCCUUCGAGGUGAUCCUCGUGACCUACUUCAUGUUUGGGCCGCGCCUCUGCGUCUUCUCCUCGCGCACGGCGCAAUGGAGCGUUCAUCCCGAAGCCAGGUGCGGCAAGUCCCUGAUGCCGAUGCUGAGCGGGGUGGGCGACCCCGCGCACGCCAAUGGCUGCGUGUACUGGGUAAUGGACGACGAGAGCGAGGCGUACCUCCUGGUGCUCGACACGCGCACAAAGGAGUUCUCCACCACCAUCAAGCUGCUCGCCAGCAUGCGGGAGCAGUACGACGGGAACAUGAGAGUCAUGAGGAGCGAGGACGGGGAGCUCCGGAUCGUGGGCAUGGCUUGGAGGGCGCUCGCGCUCCAUAUCUGGCAUCUCGAUAGGUGCAGGAGCAGGAAAGGCCGAUGGGUGAGGGAAGAGGUCCAUGAAUUGGCCACGUUCCAGGGUGUAAUUGAGCUUUUUGUGGACGGCAAUGGCGGCAGUACUAGGAUCAUGGAUGCCUGCGAGGGGGUUGUUUUCCUCAAGCAGUUUGGCUCUGACUGGGUGUAUGCUGUGAGUCUGGAGGACAGGAGGGUGGUGAAGCUGCCGCACAAGAGGUUCUCCUCUGGACCUGCACUUCCUUAACGGAUGGCAUUGUUCCCCCCCUUGCCGAAUCAGGCCCAAGGCCAAGAUGGAUAAGCUUCUACUGGAUCAUGGAUGAAGUUGACGCUGCGUCAUACUUAUGCCUACUAUCAUCACGCAGAAUGAUUAAGUACACGGAAAAGAAACAACAACUUGUAUUCAGGGCCAAAAAAAGCAUCAAACUAGUAUGAUACUUUAUUCUUGUUCAAAAUAGCUGAACUUACUACCAAGCUGUAGGAGGCAUACGGUGCAAGAUUUGUCGCUAGAACUUUUGUUCAGGUGGUAAUCUUGUGGAUCGACUACCAUUUUACAUGUUUCAAAAUGUAUG